AUGUAUGGCCACAUCCAUUGUGUAGUUAGAGAGUUAGUGCUGUCAAAGUUUGGACAAGAAUCAUGGGACACCAUCUUGAAGGAGGCGGGGAUCAACGAAAGAGAACACUUCAUGCUGUUCUACCACUACAGUGAUGACGUGAUUCUCAGUCUUGUGGCGGCUGCCAGUAAAUGUUUAAACCUGCCAGCUGAAACAGUCCUCGAGGUGUUUGGCGACUACUUCCUGAUCCACUGUCUCCGCCACGGAUAUGACGACAUGUUGCGGACACUGGGCUCCGAUAUCACCAGUUUCAUCCAGAAUUUGGACUCGCUGCAUUCUCUCCUGGCGCUGACGUACGGCAAGAUCGUCGCUCCCUCCUUCAGGUGUGAAACAAACAAGGACUCUAGCCUGACCCUUCAUUACUACAGUGCAAGAACUGGCCUCCAUCCUCUUGUCAAGGGAGUUCUGAAAGCUGUAGCCCGAGAAAUCUUUGACCAGGAAGUGGAGAUAGCUAUGAUCAGCGAGGUCACUGAGAAACUAGACGACGAGCGGGAGCAGAAUCACGUGACAUUUGUAGUGAAUAUCGUCAAACUCGGACCAGACGGUGUAAGGGUGGCAAAUGACAAGAAACCGAAAGAAGUGUCAUCUCCCGUGGCUCUGACAAAAGGACAGUUUGUCUCCAUUUUCCCUUACCACCUCAUCUUUGACGAAGCCCUCCGCCUUCUUCAGUUCGGUUGUUCAGUGGCCAAACUGUCUCCUGUCCCACUUACAGAAGGGAUGGACAUGUCAUCGUCGUUUCGCAUCCUCUACCCCAGGAUGUCAUUUACUGUAGCCAACAUACAGCAGUUCAUCAACGCUAUUUACGUUAUUGCAGUGGACCCCCACGACAGUCGGAACAACAGCAACAUAUUCAGCAUGAAAGGACAGAUGAUCUGGUUGGCUGAUUCGAAGCUGAUGAUAUUCAUUGGCUCUCCUCGUUUGACGUCAUUAAAAGAAAUGAAAAGAAUGAAUGUUUUCAUGGCCGAUAUCCCCCUCUAUGACGUCACUAGGGAGAUGGUUCUCUUGUAUCAACAGAGAAAUGCUGAGAUAGAUAUUACGAAAAAGCUAGACGAAACCACUGCCGAGUUAAAGAGGACUUCACGAGAACUGGAGCUGGAGAAGCAGAAAACCGAGAGGCUUUUGUACCAGAUGUUGCCAGAAAAAGUUGCCAACCAGCUCAAGAAUGGGCAGAAAGUUGAAGCAGAGAAGUUUGACCGGGUCACAAUUCUGUUCAGUGAUAUCGUCACUUUUACCAACAUCGCCGCCGCCUGUUCACCCCUGGAUGUGGUCAAUAUGUUGAACGACAUGUACCACAGAUUUGACCUCAAGACAAGCGAGCAUGGUGUAUACAAGGUGGAGACAAUCGGGGACGCCUAUAUGGUUGUCUGUGGAGUUCCAGAGAAGACAGCCGUCCACGCUCAGCCUGUAGCAGACUUCGCCCUGGAUAUGGUGGAGCAAGCCUCAUGUGUCAUGUCUCCGGCCACUGGAAAACCCCUUCAGAUACGAGUCGGUAUCCACACAGGACCUGUUGUUGCCGGAGUUGUCGGGGUGAAGAUGCCCAGGUACUGCCUCUUUGGCGAUACGGUCAACACAGCCUCUAGAAUGGAGAGUCAUGGCAUGCCAGGCCGCAUACACUUGAGUCCAACAACAUACAAAGCAUUGAGUGGCCAAGGUUAUCUAUGCAAGUGUCGGGGAGUUACCAACAUAAAAGGAAAAGGAAAUAUGAAGACCUACUUUCUGAUUGGUAAUAGACAUCAUGUGAUUUCUGAACCAGAUGACGAAUACAUUGACCUGGAAGUGUUUUUUGAACAAGGUAAUAAUUUUGUUAAGUUAUGGUAA